CGGAAUGCUUGACUAUUGAUACUGCACACGGACGGUUCUACCCGUCCAAGUUUCGGAGUGAGUUGCACGGGAGCCUGUAAGUGAAGGCCUUCGAAUAUUAUUCGCGUCGCACUCGCAGAAGAACUUCAACUUGGGAAGCAAAUUCAUGACAUUUGCACCGCCACAACCAUGACAUCAGCCUUAGCAGUAGCAACCGACGGCUUGUCAGACCUUGAACUGCCUACUACUUCUCUCGGAGGAAUUUUUGUGUACCAUCAGGCAUCGCUGCGGCCCUGCGCGAGACUUAGACCGAACACCGAGAUGCAGGCGAUUGGCCAACGAUAUGGCACCACUCUACCUGAUCAAGUGGAAAGAAUUGCGACAUUAUUUGACUCCCAUCUAGAGGUCAUCAGUGAUGUCCGUGAUUUGUAUAGGGAUCGUGUCGCUUUGGAGCGCGAAUAUGCUACCAAGCUUCAGGCAUUGACAAAGAAAGCAACAGAGAAGAAGAGUAAAAUGGAGAGCUCGUUCGUAGUCGGAGAUGACCCCACCAAAGCAUGGGACGAACGUACCUUGAAGCAGAGUACCCUGAAUACCGCUUAUGAUGGAAUUAUUCAAUCCAUGACGAACACCGCCGAAGAUCACGUAAAUGUAGCCGAAGUUCUGACCUCUCAGGUCGUCGACGUUCUCAAAGCUUUAGGGCGCAAAAACGAGGAAACCAAGAAGAAGGAGAUGCAAUUUUUCCAGAAGCUGGUCUCAGAUAGGGAUCGUACUUACGCUGAACGUCUCAAGAACAAAGCAAAGUACGAUGAAGAAUGUGGCGAAGUAGACCUUCAUCGUCAGAAGCAGGGACGAGCACACGACGACCGACAUGCGGAGCGUAUCGCAAAACAAGCAGACCAACAACGCAAUGACAUGCUAAACUGCAAAAAUUCAUACAUUAUAUCCAUCGAGGUGUCGAACAAGAUAAAAGCCAAAUUUUACAAAGAUGACCUACCAGGCCUAGAGGAUCAAUUGCAACUCCUUCAGAGCCGACUCGUCGAGCGAUUUACUAAGAUCCUCCAGCAUGCACAAGCGAUUCAGUCCAAUCAUUUGGAUGUCCUGAAGAGUCGAUUAGCCGCCGUUGAGAGAUCCUUGGCAGAAGUCAACCCUUCGAAGGACCAGGAUCUAUUCUGUGAUCAUAAUAUUCGUCCUUUCAGUGCCCCCAAUGACUGGAAAUUCGAACCUUGUGCAUUUUUUUAUGACACUGAAACUUUGAGUGUUGAUCCCGCGCCAAAAGUAUUUUUGCAGAACAAACUCAGCAAGAGUCGAAGCAAGUUGCAAGAGCUCAGACCUGUGAUUGACAAUAAGAAACGAGAACUGGAACAAUUCGCCAAGCUCGAGGCCGCUUACGACGCAGAAAGGUCACUAGGGAACGCUGAUGAAAUAACAGAGAGUUACAUGGAAAGUCGACACCAGCUGGUACAUUUUGGGUCGUCGGAAUGUAUCUUGAAUGCCGAAAUAGAGGUUAUUACCGCCGCCGUUGGAGAUGAUUUGGGGGCCCAACGACCACAUUCUUUCAAGAGCUCAUCUUUUUCUAUCCCCACAACUUGCGCUUGUUGUCAGACGUCUAUAUGGGGCCUCAGUAAGCAGGGAAAGACAUGCAAAGUCUGUGGGAUAUCGGUCCAUUCUAAGUGUGAGCUCAAAGUGCCCGCUGACUGUCAGCAGGGCGGCGCAUCACGCAGCUCAUCUAUGCUUUCGCGGAAGUCUACAAGCACAAGUUCGCGUUCGACCACUGCCACGCCAUCUGUACUGCAGACCCCUACGCCGUCUUCCUUUGUCCAGCCAGCUCAUGAAGAAGAGGUUUCUUAUCCUACAGCCAAGGUCAUCUUCGACUUCAAUGCUACGUCCGAGUUUGAACUGAGUGUCAAAGAUGGCGCCAUGGUCAGUGUUCUGGAACCAGAUGACGGUUCCGGAUGGGUAAAAGUAGCCGGUACUCGUGGCAACGAUGGACUAGUCCCUGCAACAUACUUGGCGCACGGCGAAGAAGAUUUAGUCCCUACUCCUACCCCAUCUUCUUUCAAAUCUGCCGGCAAGGAACAAGGGUCAGGUCAAUACGUCAGGGUGAUCUAUCAAUACGAAGCGGGCGGUCAUGAUGAGAUUGGUCUUAGAGAGGGUGAAGUCAUUGAGUUGUCGAGUGGUCCGACUGGUGGUCAGCAUUACGGCGAUGGAUGGUGGGAAGGAUUCAAUUCAAAAGGUCAGAAGGGAAUUUUCCCAAGCAACUACGUACGUUUUAUUCCCCUUUCUAUUUGAAGACGCUGAUCUCUUUGCGUAGGUGGAGAUGGUGUG